CACGUGUCUUGUCAGUCAUAGUAAGAAAAUGGAAAAUUUUCUCUAGUUGUUUCGGUUUUAUAAUCAAGAGCACAGUCUCUUGCAGAAGAAGCUUUAAUGGCGCCAAAACGAAGCAAGAGCCAAAAUGUUUCUCAGGACCCACAGGGAAUGUUCGCUGGGAUGGUUGUCUUCUUAGUCGAAAAGGGAGUGCAGGCCCGCCGAUUGCAGAUUUGGAAGCAGAAAUUGGUCCAAAUGGGUGCUAGUAUCGAGGAGCGUUUGUCGAAAACGGUCAGCCAUGUAUUUGCUUCGAGCUCGGACGCUCUUCGGCAAAAAGUGGACGGUGAGCGUUUGGCGCGCUUUAAAGGGAAGGUUCUCUCAUACCAGUGGCUAGAAGACAGCUUAAGUUCUGGGAAGAAUGUGUCAGAGGACUUGUACAACGUAAAAGUGGGUUUAGAUGGAGAAGAUGGAAUAGAUAAGACCGAACCAUCUAUUUCCAAAAGACUCAAAUUGUCUCCCAACAAUUCGGAAGCAGUGAGUGCUGAAAGUGGGGAAGAUGCAAAGUCUUCGACUUCACUUCCGAUGACUACUAUAGAUCUUGAGGACUCCAACUUGUGCAUAGGUCAAACAGUAACUAGUCCAAGGACUUCUGAUUCUAUUAAGAGCAAUACAUCUGUGUCGUACAGUCCACCAGAUAUGAAUAAGAACAUAACUGAGAUAUUUGGAAAACUUAUCAACAUAUACAGAGCAUUGGGUGAUGAACGAAGGUCAUUUAGCUAUUACAAGGCCAUUCCAGUAAUUGAGAAGCUACCUUUCAAAAUUGAGAGCAUCCACCAGGUCAAAGACCUGCCGGCUAUAGGAAAGUCCUUGCAGGAUCAUAUUCAAGAGAUAGUAACAACUGGAAAGUUAUCUAAAUUGGAACACUUCGAAACAGAUGAAAAGGUCCGGACAAUCUCACUUUUUGGGGAAGUGUGGGGCAUUGGCCCAGCCACAGCUUUGAGAUUAUAUGAGAAAGGAUAUAGGACCCUGGAUGACCUGCAGAAGGAGGAAUCCUUAACCAAUGCACAGAAAAUAGGGUUGAAAUAUUUUGAUGACAUUAAACAGAGAAUUCCACGCAAUGAGGUUCAAGACAUGGAGAGCCUUCUAAAGAAGGCUGGGGAAGAUGUUUUGCCAGGGGUUGAUAUUCUGUGUGGAGGAUCAUUUCGGCGAGGGAAGUCUUCCUGUGGAGAUAUGGACAUUGUAAUCACACAUCCUGAUGGGAAAAGCCAUAGAGGUUUUCUACCAAGAUAUGUAAAGCAUUUAAAGGAUAUAAAGUUUUUAAGGGAGGAUCUGAUCUUCAGUACGCACAGUGAGGAGGGAACUGAUUCUGGUGUCGACACAUAUUUUGGCCUUUGCACAUAUCCGGGAAGAGAAUUGCGGCACCGAAUCGAUCUUAAGGUGUAUCCAAGAGACAUAUAUGCAUUUGGAUUAAUCGCGUGGACGGGAAACGACGUACUAAAUAGAAGGCUGAGAUUGCUAGCAGAAUCUAAAGGAUUUAGGCUGGAUGAUACUGGACUUUAUCCAUCUACUCAGGGAUCUGGUGGUAAAAGGGGUGCAAGAGGAAGCGCAACUUUGAAGUUUGAUACAGAAAAACAAGUUUUUGAGUUCCUUGGAUUUCCAUGGCUUGAACCCCAUCAAAGGAAUCUUUGACUGUAAAAUGUAAAUAUCAAAACAAGUGAACUUUCCGGAGCGUUUGUGUUUGUCCAUAAUGUUAAAAAACAAUCAUUUACCUUAUAACAUUUAUAUUAUCUGCU